GCACGAAGCUGACGGCAAAGAAGAUCAGGCAUCUUGCUCUCUCUAAAAUCCUUACCAUACAACUGUAUUUACCUUGUUAGCCUGGCAAUCCCGUUGGUGACGGAUUGUCUGCUCUCUACGGCUCCGACUCUUUGGUGAUGUCGAACCCCAAAGACUAUACCGUUGGAUGGAUCUGUGCCAUCAGCACCGAGCGCGUUGCCGCAGAGGCAUUUCUCGACGAAAAGCACGACGGACCUGAGUAUGUGUCCCCGAAUGACAACAACGACUACACGCUGGGCCGAGUUGGGAGGCAUAAGGUCGUCAUCGCCGUCUUACCAGAUGGAGAGUAUGGCCUAUCAUCGGCUGCUGGGGUUGCCAGAGACAUGUUGCAUAGCUUUCCCAAUGUGAGGAUUGGAUUGAUGGUCGGUAUUGGCGGCGGCGCACCGAGUCGAAAACACGAUAUUCGUUUGGGCGAUGUCGUGGUCAGCGCCUCCCAUGCCGGAAAUCCCAGUGUGUUUCAAUACGACUUCGGCAAAUCGAUACAGGACCAAGCUUUCCAGACAACUGGCUUCUUGAACCAGCCACCGACCAUACUUCGAACGGCAGUAAGUGGGCUCAAGGCCCAGUAUGAGGCUGAAGGUCAUGAGUUUGAAGAGGCCAUAAACAACAUUCUCGAUAAAAAGAAACGGCUGCGGAAGAAAUACAUGCGACCAGAUCAGAGCAGCGACAAGCUUUACCAGAGCAACGUUGUUCACCCUCCCCACGAGGACGCAAGCUGUGCGUCUGACUGUCCCACUGAUGCGUCGAGUUUGGUAUCACGACCAGAUCGGACCGACGAAGAUGACAAUCCUGCCAUUCACUACGGCACAAUCGCUUCGGCCAACCAACUGAUGAAGGAUGCUGUGAUUCGGGACAAGCUUGCUGAAGCAAAGAACGUACUGUGUUUCGAGAUGGAAGCCGCUGGAUUGAUGAAUCAUUUCCCCUGUUUGGUGAUUCGAGGCAUUUGCGACUAUUCCGACUCGCAUAAGAACAAGGAGUGGCAAGGAUACGCGGCAAUGACAGGGGCUGCAUAUGCCAAAGACCUUCUUACUCGAAUUACUCCGAAUAAGAUCGAGAACGAGAAGACAGUCAGCGAGCUGCUUUUGAGUGGUCAGUCAGCUUAAGCAAAUGAAUACGAUAGUGUCUAAUCAAGUAUCAGUCCAUGAAA